AAAUGUUAAUUAAAUGUCUAAACCUAUUUUACUAUUUGUCACGUAAUCUUUGUCGCACAUGAAUUCUCCUUCCUUAGUUGUGAUCAAUAAAUUGAUUCAUUUUCUCCCUAAAAAAUAAAAUUGAACCCCUCUUGUAAACAUCACACAAGAGUAAAUUUCAUUGAAAAAUUGAAAUGGAGAACAAAGUGCAUUGUUUGGUCUUAUCAUUUCCAGCUCAAGGUCACAUUAAUCCCAUGCUACAAUUCUCCAAGCUUUUACAACAAGAAGGAAUAAUAGUAACACUAGUCACAACCCUUUUCUUUGGCAAAAAAUUGCACAACCUACCACCUUCCGUCACACUCGAAACCAUCUCCGACGGAUUUGACAUCGGCGGGAUCGGGGAAGCAAAGAGUUUUAAGCAAUAUUUGGAUCAUUUUGCACAAGUAGGACCACAAAAUCUUGAAAAACUUAUUGACAAACUUGGUAGAACAAGUUACCCUAUUGAUUGUGUUAUUUAUGAUGCAUUCUUUCCUUGGACUCUUGAUGUUGCUAAGAGACUUGGAAUUUUUGGGGUAUCUUUCCUCACUCAAAAUGUUAGUGUUAAUAGUAUUUACUACCAUGUUCUUGUGGGAAAAUUGAGAGUUCCCCUUGAUGUGCAAGAGAUUUCACUUCCAGUGCUUCCUCAACUACAACAUAGGGACAUGCCUUCUUUUGUAUUAACUUAUGAAAAAGAUCCAACGUUUCUUGAGCUAGCAGUGGGUCAGUUUUCUAACAUUUGUAAAGCUGAUUGGAUCCUUUGCAAUUCCUUCCAUGAGCUACACCAAGAGGGAGCUGAUUGGUCAAUGAAGAUUUGGCCUAACUUCAGAACCAUAGGGCCUUCCAUACCAUCCAAGUUCUUAGACAAGCGAAUUAAAAAUGAUGAAGAUUAUGGUGCAACACAAUUCCAAAGUGAAGAAGAAUGUAUGGAAUGGCUAAAUGAUAAGCCAAAAGGAUCAGUUGUUUAUGCUUCUUUUGGUAGUUUGGCAUCACUCAAUGAAGAACAAUUAGAGGAAGUAGCUUGUGCUUUAACAGAUUGUGAAAGUUACUUCUUAUGGGUUGUUAAACCAUCCGAAGAGCCGAAACUCCGAAAAGAUUUUGAAAAAAAGACACAAAAAGGGUUUGUUGUAACAUGGUGCUCCCAAUUAAAAGUUCUAGCACAUGAAUCUAUAGGGUGUUUUGUAACACAUUGUGGUUGGAAUUCCACAUUGGAAGCUAUUAGCUUAGGAGUUCCAAUUGUUGCAAUGCCACAAUGGUCAGAUCAAUCCACCAAUGCAAAGUUUAUUGAAGAUGUUUGGAAAAUUGGAAUAAGGGUUCCAAUUGAUGAGAAACAAAUUGUGAGAAGAGAUGAAAUGAAGAAAUGUAUAUUGGAAAUAAUGGACAGUGAGAAAGGGAGAACUAUCAAGAGCAAUGCCAUGAAAUUGAAGGAUUUGGCAUCAAAUGCUGUUGGUGUUGGGGGAAGUACUCAUCAAAAUAUUACUGAAUUUGUGAAUAGUUUGUUUCAUUUUGCAAGUUACAAGCAGACAAUCACAAAUUAAUUCUUGAUCAACUGAACAUUUCUUUGUUGUUGACACAUGCAUGAUGUGGAGUGCACAAGAGCACAUAACUUUUAUUUGCAACAAUAAUUGUUAUGUAAACUAUAUAUAUAUUGGUUA